CCAACACUCAACGUUGCUUACUGCUGGCAGCCAGGGGAAUCCUAUACCUGGCCGAAAAGGCGCCUUUGGCAUGGGUCUUCUGGGUGGUGCAUUGAUGGGUGGCGUGGUUGGACACGAAAUGGCCAAGAGGUCUGGCUCAGCCAAGACAACAGCUACAGCAGCGCCAGUAGCUCAGGUGGUGGAGAAUGGUGUACCAGAUGCCCAUGGCUGCUAUAAGCAAACAAUCAAGGAACCUGUUGUGGGCAAUGGUAAACUGUACACUGAAACGGUUCAUCUGGUCUGUCCCCAUGGAUCGCCACCAUCGCAUCCACAGCCAGGCGCCGUGCCUGCCCAAGUGAUUCCUGUUGCUCAAUCACCAGUAGUUGUGCACCAUGUGGUUGCUGCUCCAGACACAGCUCCCACAUUUAAUCACACACAUAGUUCCAACUCCACACAUUCGCAUGGCACACAGACACACACAGUGCUGGGUCAUCCUGGUCAAGUUCCAGGACAAGCUCAAGGACCAGCUCAAACGCUAUCUCAACCCUCGGGCAUAACUGUAUUAUAUGCUGCCGCUCCAGUGGCUCCCAGCCAUCAUUCGCCACCAGCAGGAGCUGCUCACGUGGUUCUGUUAUCCAAGACGGUUAAGAAGCAAAAAUCCGCAGCUGCUACGCUAAAUGUUUCGCACGGACUACUAAUUCUUUUAGUUCUGUACUGCUUAAUUAGAAAAUAAUAGCUCUUUCCACGAGUCUUGAGUUUUCCUCAAUUAAUUUAAAUUAACCUGUUUAAAUGUCGAAUCAGCUGAAUAAGAGCUGGUGAAUAGUGAAUAAAUUUUAGACAUUUCUACAACCCGGCUACUUUCACUGAAU